UUUCCUUAACAUCCUUUAUAACAUAAAAAAUGGCACCUUUUUACGCAGUAAAGUCUGAUAAUGUCCUCAAGAGAGUUGAAGAACUCCAAAGUGUUGGACAAGAUGAAGCUGCAUUACAAGCUCUUCAUGAUGUAGUUCUCUCAAAGCGUUCUCGCAGUAAUCCUAUUACUGUUAUGGAACCCAUCAUGCUUAAGUAUGUUGAGCUUUGUGUUGAACUCAAGAAGGGAAAGAUGGUUAAGGAAGGUCUCCAUCAAUACCGUAACAUUGCUCAAAACACCAGUGUUAACUCUAUUGAGACCAUCAUCAACAAGAUGCUCAGUCUUGCUGAAGAGAAGGUCGCUGAAGCUCGUGCUAAGGCCGAUAAGAUCGCUGUCGAUGUCGAAGAUUUAGAAGCUUCAGAGACACCUGAGUCCAUCAUGCUCAGCACCGUUUCCGGUGAUCAAUCUAAAGAUCGUACUGAUCGUGCCGUCGUUACACCUUGGUUAAAGUUCUUGUGGGAAGCAUAUCGUACUGUUUUGGAUAUCAUGAGAAACAACUCUCGUUUAGAAAGUCUUUACAACUCUGUCACCUUAAAGGCAUUCCAAUUUUGUUUGACCUAUGAUCGUAAGACUGAAUUCCGUCGUCUUUGUGAAAUUCUUCGUAACCAUUUCCUCAACGUCGCUAAAUAUUCUCACCAACCUCAUGCCGUCAACUUGAACGAUCCCGAGACUCUUCAACAAUAUUUGGAAUCUCGUUUUGCUCAAUUAAACGCAGCUGCCGAAUUAGAAUUAUGGCAAGAAGCUUUCAAGUCUGUUGAGGAUAUUCAUACCCUCUUGACUACCAGCAAGCGUCCUCCUAAGCCUGUUAUGAUGGCCAACUACUACGAAAAGUUGACCAAGAUUUUCAUGGUUUCUGACGAUUACCUCUUCCAUUCUGCUGCUUGGAACAGAUUCUCUGCCAUUGAACGUGCUGUUAACAAGAACUUAACUGACAACCAACAAUCACACAUGGCCUCUGUUGUCCUUUUGUCCGCUCUUGCCAUUCCUAUCAUCACCACCACCAAGACUCGUCCUGGAUAUGUUGAAGCUGAUGAAUACCGUGUCCAAAAGUUGAACCGUCUUUCUAUGCUUAUGGGAUUAAACGCCCAUCCUACCCGUACCGGUUUAUUAAAGGAAGCACUCAACAAGAACAUUUUGUCUCGUGUUCGUCCUGAAAUUCGUGACUUAUACAACAUUCUCGAAGUUCAAUUCCACCCUCUUUCCAUCUGUAAAAAGAUCAACCCCAUCAUGAGCAAGUUGUCUGAAGAUAAGGAUUUAGCCAAAUAUGUUCGUCCUCUUCACCAAGUUAUCUUGACUCGUCUUUUACAACAAUUGUCUCAAGUUUAUACUACCGUCAAACUCGAUUUUGUUUUGAACUUGGCAUCUUUCCCCGCUCCUUUCAACUACGAUGCUGCUACUAUUGAAAAGUUCAUCAUGAAUGGUUGCAAGCGUGGAGAAUUAAAUAUCCGUAUUGAUCAUGCUUCUCAAAGUUUGAUCUUCGAGACCGAUUUGUUUGCUCCUCCUAAAGAUACCGUUACCGAAGGUAUUCAAUUACAAUCAUCACCCGCUGACUUAAUGCGCACACAAUUGUCUCGUCUUGGUGUCAGUAUUCAUGCUGUUGUCCAAAUGAUUGAUCCCUCUGUCAAGGAAAAUGCCGAAAAGGCUAAGCAACUCGUUGUUCAACGUGCUCUUGCUGGAGCUGAAAAAGAACACAAGCAAGCUUUGGCCCGUAAGGUUAUUAUUGAACGUCGUAAGGAAAUUAUCGAAGCCGAAAUCACUGCCAAGGAAAAGGCAAUUGCCCAAGAAAAGGCUGCUGCUGCCGCAAAGAAGGCCGAAGCUGAGAAGAAGCGUGUCGAAGAAGAUAUGAAGCGUCGUGAAGAAGAACGUAUCAAGCGUAUCCAAGAUGAGGUCCAACGUGAUCAAGCUAAGCGAAUUGCCGAAGAAAUUUCUUCCAAGACUGGUCUUCAAUUGAAGCCCGAAGAAAUUGAACAAUCUGAUGUCACAACUCUCUUAAACCUUAAGGUGUCUCGUCUCCAAACCGAACAAAAAGAAUUAAGCGACCGUCUUAAGCAAAUCUCCAAGCGUAUCGAUCAUACCGAACGUGCAUUUAGACAAGAAGAAAUUCCCCUCUUAGAAAAGGAUUAUGAGGUUCAACAAAAGACCGAUAAGGCAUUCUACGAAGCCGCAAAGAAGGCUGAACUUGCUGCCUCUAAGGCACAAUUCGAAGAAAACAUGAAGCUUAAGGCUCGUCUUUCUCGUAUUCUCGGUGAUUAUAAAACUUACAAGAGUAAGAUCGAACAAGAACGUAAGGCUGCUACCGAUGCUAAGCGUAAGGCUGCUGAUGAGGCUAUUGCUAAGGAGAAGGCCGAAAGAAUUGCUCUCUGGCGUGAAAAGAGAGAGAAGCUCCUCAAGCUCCGUGAACAAGAAGAAAUUGAAGAACGUCGCCGUGAGCAAGAAGAACGCGAAAGACGUGAAGCUGAGGAACGCGAGAAGGCCGAAAAGGAGGCCCGUAUUGCUAAGGAGAAGGAAGCCUAUGCUGAACAACAAAAGAAGAACGACGAAAUCGCUAGAAAGAUUGCUGAACGUGAGGCUGAGAUUGAACGUAAAUUACAAGCCAGCAAGGCCACACCUCCUCCUGCCAAGGCAGCUUACACUCCCCCUGGUAUGCGUACAAGUGAAGCUCCCUCUGCUGGUGGAUGGAGAAGUCGUGCUGCCGCUGCCGCUGCUGCCCCCGCUCCUGCUAGCGGUGUUGCUGCUGCCGAUAGAGAAGCACCCGCCUCUACCGGUGGAUGGAGAGGUCGUGAAGCAUCUCGUGCCCCCGCUACUCCUGAGCGUUCCGAAAACUCUGGUGCCUGGCGUAGUGUUACUCGUCCUACCAGCGAACGUCGCCCUGAAGAACGUCUUCCUCGUCGUGAAGGUGGUUUCGGCGGUGAACGUCGUGAAGGUGGUUUCGGUGGUGAACGUCGUGAAGGUGGUUUUGGUGGUGAACGUCGCGAAGGUGGUUUUGGUGGCGAACGUCGUGAAGGUGGCUUCGGCGGCGAACGUCGUGGUGAUAGCGAUCGUUACCCUCGUCGUGAGGGUGGUUUUGAACGUCGUGACGGAGCUCCUCCCGCUCGCGGUGGUGCCACUGGUGGAAGAGGUGGUGCCGGUGCCGGAUCUGCUGGCAGCGAAAGACGUUGGUAAAUUUAUCUAUAGUCUACCAUUCUCCCUUAAAAAAGUGAACCUUUUUUGUUCCAAUAAUCAAAUAAUUUUAAGCUAAAUAAAAAUUUAAAUUACAUAUAUCACUAUUCCAUUUAUAAAUAAAGGAGAUAUUAUAGGAGCAGUGUA